UAUUAUUAUCUUUUUUCCCCAUUUUCGGCAACCAGCUCCUCCCGUCUCUUAUCUUACGCCGUCCUCCCUCUCGCCUUUCCCUCAGGAUCUCGUGGGCGUAGCGCGGGCGUGGUUCGCUGGAUGGCACAGUGAGUAACGGAGGGACCGCCCAUCAUCUGCCGCCGCCCAUCCACCUACGGGGCGUCGUUGGUUUUGCUCCUCCGCCCGCCCACCGCCCGGACGCCCCAGCCCGCGACGCCCAUCUCCCCUCGACGUCAGGAUUAUCAUCAGAAUGGGCGACUCGGCGUCGGUGGCCUAAGGCGACGGCACCGCCCUCGCUCCUCGUCGCCUUUUGACAACUUCGCAGGAAGCGAAAGAGAGGAAGGAGAGAGAGAGGGAGAGAGAGAAGGACAGGACUGCCAAGCGGCGUGCGGAGGAGGUUCUCCGGAUACAGGGUGCGUCCGGCGUCUGGCAGCCGUAGUGAGGAAGGAGGGAAGUGGCAGACGGACGCACAGGCAGACAGGCGUCCGCGCAAGAGACAGAGACUUCCAGGCAGCCGGAACUGGCCAGCUUCAAGACAAUCGCAGUGAUAGACUUAGAGUAUCUUUCCCUCUUCCUUCUGCUUCUCUGGCCGUGGAUGUAAUCGGAGACUGACGGAGAGCGCCGCCAGGAAAAUACAGCCCCGAAUCCCCGUUUUCCGAGCCGCGUCCGCGUGCCCGUUUGGGAGCGACAGUGAUGCUUGUGCCGCCCCGCGCGCAGGUGGAGGAAAUCGGAUUGCUCAAGACAUGUCGCCCGUUGUGACUGACAUCUGCCUGAAGCGAGGACGCCGCCAAUCCCCGGGACAAAAUGGGCGCCUCUAAUCUCCGCGUCGUUGCCACAGGACAGGCGAGAGUGUGCUUGGAAGAGCCCCGCGGCACGAGGAGUAGCCAUGUCUGAGCGGACACGCGAGCGCCCCACCGCCACCGUCGGCCAUGGGGGGGUCCACAGCGCCCAAGAUGGUGGACGGAGGCCGUGCGAGCGCGGGGUCAGUGCCCCGGAGCGAGCGGGGCCACAGCGCGACCUCGUUCGGGGACCAGCCCCUGUCUCAGUGUCUUACGGGAUGCAUAAAACCCUGCUCUACCUCACCGCACACGUUUUCGGCUGGCGUGGUCACGUGACGGCCGCCGCUGCCGCCGCGGGGCCGCGAACUUGGCCGGACGCGCCACGGACGCACCCGGACGGAGCCGAGGUGCCGCGGAACCGGACAUUGUGGAAAAGGAAGGGUUCCCAGAACAUUGUUUGUGUGAUAUUAUCUUUAGCUGUACUGUGCUCGUUCCCCGCGGCGACGGAGGCCUUCUGCCCGAACGGCUGCGACUGCGACGACGCCAGCCUCACCGUCAACUGCCAGAACACGAGCCUGGAGGUGGUGCCCAUCCUCCUCAACCCCCGCGUGCAGACCAUCCUCCUGACGCGCAACCGCAUCAAGGCCCUGUCGCGCGCCCUCGUCUUCUACACGGACCUGAAGGAGCUGGACAUCUCGCACAAUGACAUCGCGACGCUGGGCACCAAGAACUUCGAGUCGCAGAAGAGCCUGGCGGAGCUGCGCGUGAGCCACAACAAGCUGGGCGCCGUGGAGGCGGCGUCGCUGGAGGGGCUGGUGGGGCUGCGCGUGCUGCUCCUCAACGACAACCUCAUCGCCGGCGUGGACGACGGCGCCUUCCGCGGCCUCGUCAGCCUCAUCGAGCUCAACCUCUCCAACAACAGACUGAAGAGCCUGCGCGAGAGCUCCUUCGCCGCGCUGCCCAGCCUGUGGACGCUGAACCUGGGCGGCAACCUGUUCGACCGCGUGCCCAGCUCCAGCCUGCUGAACCUGUCGUCCCUCCUGGAGCUGGACCUCAGCGACAAUCAGAUCUCCCAAGUGCCUGGCCGCGCCUUCCAGGGCGCCGCCAACCUCGCCUACAUCCGCCUCGACAAAAAUAACAUCAGCGCCAUCAACCCGGCGGCCUUCUGGGGCCUCUCGGAGCUCCGCCGCCUCGCCGUGGCCGACAACAGGCUGGAGCAGGUGCCCACCCUGUCCUUCAGCGGCCUGCCCGACCUGCAGGACCUCGACCUGAGCGGCAACCUGUUCGAGGAGCUGCCCGAGGACGGCUUCAACGGCCUGGCCUCGCUGGUGAGCCUGACGGUGUCCCGGUGCCCGCGCCUCAGCAGGGUCAGCAGCGAGGCCUUUCUCAGCACGGCCCAGCUGGAGACGCUGGUGCUGAGCCACAACCCGCGCCUCGCCUCCCUCGCCCCCACCACGCUCACCUCGCUCCUCAACCUGCGCCACGUGGACCUGCGGGCGUGCGGCCUGCUGCACAUCACGCCCACGCAGGUCCCUCUACAGCAGCUGGCGAGUCUUAUGGUGUCGGGGAAUCCCCUGCACUGCAACUGCUCUAUGGUGUGGCUCUCGCGGAUCGCCGCCGAUGACAACGCCACCCUCACCGUCGACUCGCCCACCUGCGCCAGCCCGCCCAACCUCUAUGGCGUGUCCUUGCGCGAACUGGGCACGGGCGGUGCGGGCUGCGACGGGCGCGUGGGCGUCUGGACCAUCGUGAUCUGCGUGGGCGUGGGCGCGACGGGGCUGCUCAUAAUCGGCGUGUUCCUGUGCUGCCGCCUGCGGAGGCGCAGGAAGAAGCGGCAGAAGCGCAUCCUGCAGGACAAGCGGCCGUGGGGCGAGGUGUGGCGCAUGGAGGACCCGCUCGCCACCACGCGCCUCACGCCCACGCCCAUGAACGGGGACGCCCUCAGCCACUACCCGCUGGCGUCGCCCACCCGCCUGCGCCUGCCGCCACGCCUGCCGCCCGACCACCCGCUCCACCAGCAGCUGAGCCUCCACCAGCAGCACCCCCCGGGGCGCGCGCAGCAGUGCCCCUUCGCCACGCUGCACCCCGUCUACCACCCGCUGCUGCACCCGCCCGCCGCCGCCCACGCGUCGCUCGACUCGCCCACGCACUACAGCGACUACCCGCCUCUGCACACCCACCCGCGCCCGCACACGCUGCCCAACCACUCGAGCCACCCGGCCGUCAUGCCCCUGGGUCCGCCGCCGCCCAUCCCGCCCCUGGACGAGCCGCCCAACUGGUACGCGACGAUCGGCAGCGUGGGCGGCUUCGACGACGCCGACGAGGGCGGCAAGCAGCGGGCGAGGGGCGAGCGGGACGGCGCCCCCCUCGACCCACCUGACGUCACGGCCUCCACGCCCAGGAAGGUGCCCGUGACCUACGUGUAGCGCCGGCGUUCGCAGGGGCAGGGGCAGGGGCAGGGGGGAAGGGGAGGCGGAGAGAGUAUGAGAGCGUAUGUGUGCAUGUGCGAGUGUGCACGUGUGUCUGUUUGCACGCGCGUAUUUACGUGCUUGCGUGCGUGGGUGUGUAUGCAAGCAUGCGGUCCACUGCCCCGAGUGCGUGCCUGUGGGCAGGGAGCAAGGUUUCUGGGCGGAGUGUCCGUCUGACGGGCAUCUGGCAGGUGUGGCGGAAUAAGAGCAAGUUCCCGAUAAGGAAGUUGAUAACCGAAGCGGAUUCGGAAUAAUAGUUAUCCUUUUGAUUGGUAGAAAAAAAUAAAUAAAAAAAAAGAAGACGCGCUUUAUGAACUGAGCUUUUUUUAGACGUGCACUGACUUUUUUUCUUGAUCUUUUACAGCAGUUGAUAUUAGGUAUUAUCAUAAUGCAGUCGCGUUUUUCACCAUUUUCACUUUUAUAACUUGGAGUGUUAAAUGGCACCUUCAUCCGGAUCGCCUUUUGUCAUGUGGUUUAAAGAAGUACUAUUUCGAAUUGGUUACGGUGCAACUGUGUGUGUGUGUGUGUGUGUGUGUGUGUGUGUGUGUGUGUGUGUGUGUGUGUCUGUGUGUGUGUGUGUGUGAGUGAAGCUGUGAGCUUAUACGUAUAAACAUGUGUACAUAUGUAAUGUAAUAUAUAAAAUAAUAUUUCCGGUGGAGGGACGUUUUGUAUCUUGUUACCUACUGACAUUACAUCGUAACAAGAGAGUUGAAGUGUCAGCAUUUUUAAAGAUGAAUUUUGAAAGUUAUGUAAAUUAUAAUAAUUAUCAGAUUAAUUCGAACUUCGAACUUUGAUAGCUUCUAAGAUUGUGUGGUCGACGGUGUGGGUGUCUGCGUGUGUGUGUGUGUGUGUGUGUGUGUGUGUGUGUGUGUGUGUGUGUGUGUGUGUGUGUGUGUGUGUGUGUGUGUGUGUGUGUGUGUGUGAGUGUGUGUGUGUGUCUGCGUGUGUGUGUGUGUGUGUGUGUGUGUGUGUGUGUGCGUGUGCGUGUGCUCGUUCAUGUGCGUGUCUUUACGGACCCUUCUACAAGGCGACCGGAAGCUCCGAGGCGAUGACAUAUCACAUCCAGCCGAGAAUAUCUGUGAUAAAAAGCCCCCUCCCCCCUCAUAGGUAAACUCAUAUAUAAGAUUGCAACUAAGGAGUCUAUCUCCCAGGUAUUUUUUCUAUUCUAAACAACAGAGCAAUGUUGUUGUUUGUUAUUAUUCCUCCUUUGGGUGUUUUGGUGUGUAGGGGAGGGGGGAGAGCACGGGAGUUGGAGGGGGGAGGGGUCAAAAAAGUAAAAGGGGGGGGGGAGCGGAAGUCUACCUGGCUACACCUCCUGGCCGUUAGCAACGCCACAGUGCACUUUUAAUCCGAGAAAGAGAAAUUCUGCAGUGUAAAAAGUACAAACAUUACGACCCAAAUGAAGAAUAAGGAAGGUGUACUUUUUUGUGGACUGUACGAUUCGACUUGAUAACUGUUUUUUUUUAUCGUCAGUUUUCCAUCCGGUUUAGAACAAGAGAAAAGGGAAAAUUCUCCCUCCCCCCCCCCCCCCCCUCAGUCUCCCUCGCCCUGUGCAACUGGAGGCGAGUUGAUUCCCCGACGUAAGGAAGAUUGGAGAGUUAAAGACGGUGAGAAAAUAGGGAAUAACGACAAAAGAGAAGUGGAAAGAGGGAAGAAUAAGGAUGGGGCAGAUUGAUCUUUAGGGGGGGAAACGAGAGAAAGAAAGCGCUUGUACGGAAAGAAGUGUAAAUUGACCCCUGGAACUGUUUCUUAUCGCGUGGAUGGGACAGGAUAUGAACAACUAGAAAACGAGAUUUUUUUUUUUGUUCUGUUUAUUUUUUUCCGGAUUGGGGAAACGAGCGAGGACUCAAAAAAAGUCUGGAUAAAAGGAAAAGAAACGAUGAUAAAGUGACGGGGAUAGCAAUUGUGAUAAAGGUGUGGAUACAGAGGAAAUGACUAGAGAAUGUGGUUUGAACGAGAUAAAAGUGACGAGAGAGGAAAAGGCGGAAAUGACGGAGAUUCCAGAAGAAACGUUUGAAAUGGAAACGUUUUGACUUAUUGUGGAAGUGAAAUCCUGAAACAUUUACCGCGACGCUUAGAGACUUCGGUUUACAAAACUGAAGAGAAAAAAGCAGUUGAGGCAGAAGUGUGAUAUAAUUUUUGUUCUUCUUUUUACAACAAUCCUAGAGAAAAAGAAAAAAAAUGGACGUUGUAAAAAAUA